CUUGAUGCUCUACCCAAAGUUCAGUGACGAAGGCAGUAGCCCGGACAUCCCACAAUGCAACGCGGUCAAACGAAUUCCUUCUUCAUCAACACAUGGCCUCUGAUUGCUAAUUUUUUUCUCGUUAAACCGAAGACUGUCUGCGAUUUUUAAUUGUCUUUCCACUUGAAUUAUUCGACCAAAUGAAGGUUAAAGUCCUCUCGAGGAACCCGGAUGAUUACGUCCGGGAGACCAAACUAGAUAUUCAACGUGUACCCAGAAACUAUGACCCGACCCUGCAUCCGUUUGAGGUGAGCAGAGAGUACACCCGGGCCCUGAACGCCACCAAGCUCGAGCGGCUGUUCGCCAAGCCUUUCGUGACCUCUCUGGAUGGACACCGGGACGGGGUCAACUGCAUGGCCAAGCACACCAAGACGCUCUCCACCCUGCUCUCUGGCUCCUGCGAUGGGGAGGUGAAAGUGUGGAAUCUGACCAAACGCGAGUGCGUCCGCACUCUCCAAGCACACGAGGGUUUCGUCCGUGGAAUGGUGGUCCGCUUUUGUGGGAGCUCCUUCUUUACGGUUGGCGACGACAAGACGAUCAAGCAGUGGAAAAUGGAGGCGCCCGGUUACGGGGAGGAGGAGGAGCCGCUCAACACGAUCCUGGGCAAGUCGGUCUUCACCGGACUGGACCACCACCAGAAGGAUGCCGUGUUCGCAACGUGUGGCCAGCAGGUGGACAUCUGGGACGAGCAGCGGACGAGCCCCAUCCGCUCGUUCACGUGGGGCGUCGACAGCUUCAGCGCCGUCCGCUUCAACCCCGUGGAGACUGAACUCCUGGCGAGCUGUGCCUCUGACCGGAGCGUAGUCCUGUACGACAUGCGAGAAUCAACGCCGCUGAAGAAGGUUAUCAUGACGAUGAGGAGCAACACGUUAUGCUGGAACCCGAUGGAAGCCUAUUAUUUCACAUGUUGCAAUGAGGACUACAACCUCUACACAUACGACAUGCGCUUCCUGGACAAGCCAAUCACCGUGCACAUGGACCACGUCUCCGCCGCGCUGGAUGUUGACUAUUCGCCCACUGGGAAGGAGUUUGUCUCGGCCAGCUUUGACAAAACCAUCCGCAUAUUUGCCAAGGACGGCGGCCACAGCCGGGAGGUCUACCACACCAAACGCAUGCAGCACGUUAUCUGCAUAAAGUGGUCGUUGGACAACAAGUACAUCCUGAGCGGCUCUGACGAGAUGAAUAUCCGCCUGUGGAAAGCCAACGCGGCGGAGAAACUCGGAGUGAUGUCCCCCAGAGAGAGAGAAGCGGCCAACUACAACCAGACGCUGAAGGAGAAGUUCCAGCACCACCCGCAGGUCCGACGUGUCGCUCGUCACCGGCAUCUGCCCAAGAGUCUGUACCACCAGACCAAGGAGCUGAGGGUCAUGAAGGAGGCCCGUCGCAGGAAGGAGAUGAACGUCCGCAAGCACAGCAAGCCAGAAAGUGUUCCAUUGUUAACGGAGAAGGAGAAGCAUGUUGUGACCGUGGUCAAAUAGGCCCCCCACCACACAACACACCCCACAUGGGCCGUGCUCUGACUUCUUGCAACGAAGACAGGAAAUAUUUUACUUUUCAGUUUAAGGGACAAGUUCUGCGUUGUUUGAAGCCUGAGAGCACAGACUGUAAAUAUAUGUAACAUGUGUUAUGUUCUUCUUGCCGUAGGGUCCCACAAAGUUCUGGUUUUCUUAUGAGCAACUUUGCAUUCUGCAUCAACUAUUUUUAAUAGUCAUGUGACUUGGUACAUACAACGGAAUGGAUUUCAUUUGUCAUUUUCAUGAAUAAAUUUCCAGACACAUGC